AUGAUUCGCGACCUACAAGGCGUAGUCUCCCUACCUUCGUGGGACAUGCCCAUGUCGCAUAUGAAAACCCAUUGGCUACCCUACGCAAUCAGAAUCUCGAGAUCUAUCACGCCACCGCCUUUACUAAUCAUCCUGCUGCUAGCUGCAUUAUCUCCGGUAAUUGGCUAUGUCGCCUACUACGCCUUCUUCCAUCCUCUGGCCAAGUACCCCGGCCCCUUCUGGGGAAAGUUUACAGGGCUCCGCGCAGCUUACCACGCCUGGAUUGGGGACGUGCAUAUCGACAUGUGGAAAUGUCAUGAGAAAUAUGGGCCAUAUGUUCGCUACUCGCCAAAUUACCUGCUCAUGAACACGACUCAGGCAUACAAAGAUGUCUACGGCCAUAACAAGAACGUGCGCAAGAGCCUUGCUUAUCUGGCCAUGGUCCACAAAACCCCUAGCACCUUCACCCUGAUGGAUCGGCACGAGCAUGCAUGGAAAAAGCGGAUCUUGAGCCAGAAGCUAUCGGAUUCAGCCAUCCGAUCCUUCGAGCCCAAGAUCACAGGCAUGAUUGAUCGCUUCUGCGAAUACGUCUGUCCCGCUAGCACGGGCAAAGAAAACACCGUGUCGAAACCGUUCAACAUGUCAGAAAUGUGCGAUUAUCUUUUCUUUGACCUUGUAACAUCCAUUGUCUUUGGUGAGAACUUCGACUUGAUCCGAAGUCCGUGGUACCGUCAUAUCCCGCCUGCGCUUGCGCGCUCGAAUGAGCGUAUUAGCGUCAUCGUUCAGUGGCCGUAUGUUGUAUGGCGUCGUAUGGACAAGGUUCUCUUCCGUAAUUCCGUGGCUGGACGGAAGGACUUCCUACGAUUUGCUCACAAUUUGGUCACCGAGAGAGUGCAGCGUGGGUCUGGGGAUGAUGUCUUGUCUGGCUUACUCGAUGCUGCAGACCCAACUACAGGAAACAAACUGACCCAGGAUGAAAUCGUCGCCGAGAGUAUUCUGAUGCUCGUAGCUGGUGAGUACCCUUCCGUCAAGGCCUACGCUCAACUAACAACAUCAGGCUCUGACACUUCAUCAACCCUUUUGGCGUCUCUGUUCUUCUAUCUUACUAGAAACCCUGACAAGAAAGAUCGUCUGACUCGUGAAGUCCGCUCCAGAUUUUCAACCCGAGAAGAAAUCUGCCUCGGUCCAGCCCUCAACUCCUGUCGCUUCCUCUACGCGUGUAUCAUGGAAUGCUUACGCCUAACACCCCCAGUUGCAGCAGCGCCGUUCCGCGAGGUCCUCAAGGGCGGUAUGAUCGUUGACGGUCACUACGUCCCCGAGGGUACCAACGUUGGAACCGGCCUCUUCAGUAUCCAACAUAACCAGGAGUACUUUUAUGACCCUUUUGAGUUUAUACCUGAGAGAUGGUUACCAGAGGGAAAGCAUGCUGGUGCUCAUAACCCAGAUGCUCAUGUUCCAUUCUCCAUCGGUCCCCGUGUCUGUCUUGGAAGGGCACUUGCUCAUGCCGAACUUAGUCUUGCUAUGGCUAUCAUCUGUUGGAAGAUGGACUUCAACGUGGUUGAAAGCAUGAAGGAUAUUGGAGCUGGCAAUGAGAAUGCCGAGUAUGGUAGACACAGGCCGGGAGAGUUUCAACUGUAUGACCAUAUUACAUGUGCACGAAAUGGGCCAAUGGUUGAGUUUAGAGAGAGGUCGUUCUGA